GUAUACUUCACAAAAAAGUAUACCGGUCAAACUACGUUGUCAUCCUAUUUAUUCCAGACUUCGAUGAAUUCAUUCCUCGGAGAUUACCCGGUGUAGUUUCUGGGGUUGGAAAGUGUCGGCAGAAGAGGAUCUGCGAGGGCUUGGCGUGUAGCGACCCGUGUCAGUAGAGGACAACUGGAGAUGCUGAAGAAUCCAUCCAAGACACUACUCGACAAAGGGAAUGAUCCCCCUCACAAGGCGACAAGCCAACCUACAAGCCAUCCAGGGCUUCGGUCAGGUCAUGGCCAUGUGCCAACAGAAUGGGGGGAUGCCUUUCCUCCCUGGUAUGUUCCCGUUCGCCCUUCCAGGCGCGGGAACCAUGCCAAUACAAGCUCCGAUGGCGGUAACGUCGUUCCAGACGCCGAUGCCGCAUCCAUCACCUUUCCAGCCCCAGCUGGUAGCACCAUGGUCCCCGUAAACUUGACCGGCGCACUUAACGCCGCAGGGCCGUCGCGUCCCCCGCAAGCUACGAAUCCGCAGAUCACUCCUGACGGUCAUUGCGUCUCAAUUGAGAGCGAUGACGGCGAGUGGGACAUCCCAAGGGCCCACAAGAAGAAGAAAGUAAAAAACAUCCGGCCAGCGACCUCCCGAAACUCCGCCUUCGAAAGGCUGGGGGAUAGGGAGGAAGGCCAGAGGAAGUCAGCCAAGCAAAGGCUGGGGCAGAGCGUUGCCCAUGUCAGCGCGUUCGCCCUGCUAGGCGAGGUGCGGGAGGCCGAGCCUGCCCGCACCCGGCACUCCCGGUCUAACCGGCAGGAGCCAGCAAGGACGAGGGCCUCUCGUCACGAAGAGGAAGCAGAGAGCCAGUCCAGGUUACCGGUGGCGAACCGGUUGACCAUUCCAAAUGACCGCGUCCAGCAAAUGGAAGCAAAACUAGAAAGGCUGGAGAAGAAGGUCGGAGAGAAGAAUGACCGGGACAAACCCUUGGCGGGGUCCCCGUUCACCACAAGGGUCCAUCUGACACCUUUCCCGCGAAAGGUCAAGAUCGACGCCCUCAAAUUCACCGGGAAGGAAGAUCCGGAAAUCCAUCUGGAUUCCUUCAACCAGAGUGCGACCAUGAACGGUUGCACCGAUGAAGAAAAGCGCCUUCUUUUCUUCCAGACCUUGCGGAACCGAGCCACUGAAUGGUUCAAUAAGCUUCGCCCGGGAAGCAUUGAUUCGUUCAGUGAUUUGGCCUCGAAGUUCAAGGCCAAGUUCCAAGAGAAUUGCACUAAGAGGAAGAAAUUCACCUAUCUUAGUACAGCCGGGCAGAGGGAGUCUGAGAACCUUACUCAGUUCCUUACCCAGUGGAAGGAAGAGGUUGACAAGGUGGAAGAGAUGGACGAAAAGAUCGUCUUAUCCCUCCUCUUGAAUGGCUUGCGUGUCGGGGAACUAUACAAAGAGUUCUGCCGGAGACCCCCAGCUACGUACCAAGAGGCCUACCACACUGCAUGGGAGUUUGCUGAAGCUGAAACUCAGCUCAGGGCAAAGAGAGAAGCUGAGCAUGGUCACAAGCCCAAGCUGGUGCAAGUCAAGAAGGAAGAAGCACCGGGACCUAGCCGGCCGAGGCACCACUAUGAUCCGGUCAUCCGAGUGGUCAAUACGGAAGAAUGUCAAGAAGUCCGGAAAGCACCGGUCAUUCCUCUAGAAAACCCUACCGGUCAAGUAGGGCGGCAAUCGUCGGGCACCUAUUGUUUGUACCACAGGUCAGAUUCCCAUAACACCUCCGAAUGCAAAAGUGUUAAGGGAGUCAUCCGGCAGAUGAUCGACAGUGGAGAGCUGGGCAAAGAUUACUUGCAGAAAGCCCAGGAGAAGAGUCAUCAAUGGGUUAGGCCAACUGCCCCAGGGGAUGACCGGGACAACGACUGGCGGAGGAAUAACCGGCCAAGGGAGCGGCAACCUGCUCCCGAAAAAAAGCACAUCGGCAUGAUCUUCGGCGGACCCGAGGGUGGAGAUUUAGCCGCGCAGCGAACUGGGUCCGGAGCAUUUACGUUGGAGAGGUUGUGUCGAACACAACUUGAACCCCUCAAAACCCCUCUCUUAGGCUUCACGGGGGACACCAUUGAAGCUGAAGGAUCCAUAGUUCUACCGGUCGAACUAGGAUUAGGUGAAAAGACCGUGUGGAAGAAGAUGAGGUUCAUAGUUGUGGACAUAAAAUGCAUCCACAACGCAAUUCUUGGAAGGCCCGGCAUCAAUAGAGUCGGGGCGGUGAUUUCCAUGCCUCAUCUAUGCAUGAAGUUCCACACUCCAGGUGGUGUGGGUGAAGUGAAGGGCGAUCAGAGGAAUGCCCGGGAUUGCUAUGCCCGGGCAGUCAAGAAAAUGACCAAGGGGGUCAAUGUCAUCUCCCAAGGGGUCACAAAGGGAGAGACCCGGGAGAAACUGGAGCCCGAGGCCGAGACGGUGGAAAUCGAACUUCACCCGGGUGAUUCUUCGAGGAUGGUCAGAAUUGGAGCAAAUCUCCCCGAGGAUCUCAAGGCACAGAUUACACGGGUCCUCCAAGAAUACGCGGGCAUAUUUGCAUGGAGCGUGGCGGAUAUGCCCGUGAUAGAUCGCUCUGUUAUCUGCCACCGGUUGGCCGUGAGGGAGGGAAGUCGACUGGUAAAACAGAAGAAGCAGUACCGUGUCAGUGACCGGCGAGAGUUCGUCAAGAAGGAAGUGAAGGACCUCCUCAGUGUUGACCUACCGGUCAACAAGCCCGUUGAGCAAUGGUGGGAGAUGGCAGUUGAUGGGGCAUCCGGUCCUAGGGGAUAUGGGGCUCGUAUCGUGUUCACCACCCCAGAAGGGUUCAAGAUCUACCAUGCAAUCGUCUUCAACUUCAAGCUGACGAACAACGAGGCAGAGUAUGAAGCUCUGGCUGGAGGGCUCAGACUUGCCCAAGCCCUGAAAAUCAGCCGGGUCAGUAUCAAAUCUGGCUCUAGCCUGAUAGUUGGACUGGUGACCGGUAACAUGGAAGCAAGGGAAGGAUGCAUGGCACAGUACAAGGACCUUGUACUUGCCCUGUUGAAAGGCUUCGAAGAGUUCAAGAUCGCCCAAAUUCCCCGGGAGGAAAACGCGAUUGCAGACCUUCUCUCCAAGUUGACGCAGUAUGCUCCCGAGCAUGUUUCAAAACUUGUCCGGGUAGAGAUCCUUGACCGUGCAAGCAUCGAAAAAUUGGAAGUCGCCGCCAUAACGGCCAGAAGCCAAUUUGACCAGUCAAACCUGGUCGGGGCGGACGACCAUUGGAUGUAUGAUCUGAUGGAAUAUCUGAUGGAUGGGAGCUUGCCAGAACAAGAUGACCGGGCAAGAAAAGUGAAGCUCAGGGCACCCCGAUUCCAGAUUCUUGAUGGAAAGUUGUAUAAAAGGGCAUUUGGGGGGCCACUCCUGAGAUGUCUAACUAACCGGGAGGCUGAGCGAGUCAUAGCAGAGGUCCACGAAGGCGUAUGCGCGGCACAUCAAAUGUCCCGUACGCUUUCCCAGCGCAUCAUCCUAUUGGGGUAUUACUGGCCAACAAUCGUCCAGGAUUGUGAAAGGUACGUCUAGAAAUGCAGAACGUGCCAAGUAUUUUACAAGUAUCCCGGUAGACCGGCGACUUACUACCACCCCGUAUCGAAUGUCAUCCCAUUCACCAGAUUCGGGG